UGUUUCUUUGAAAUCUUUUAUACUUUUUUCAGUUCACUUAACCAUUUCCUUUUAAUGGGUUUCUGGAAAUUUCUUGAAUGUAUAAUUGUCCUCUGGAUUUUGGGAACACUUUGGCGGAGAUUGGUGUCAGUUAGUUAUCUUUGCUAUGAGGUCCUUUGACUUUCACCAGUAAUUGGUGUAAAUUAGGAUCGAAAAGCCUUGUUCAAGACUCAUGUCUGUUCCUAAGGAGGAAGACUUGCCGCCACAUUCCCAGCUUUCAUCUCACUUUUUCUUGGAUCUCCUUGAUUCCAUCAUAGUUGAUGUGGCAUCAGAGUGUCACAGAGUAGCAAGGCUUGGACUUGAUUCUAAUUUGGAAGAAGAAGAUGAAGAAUUGAAGCUGUCAGCACAAGCCAGAGUUAGGGUGGCUGAUCCUAGUAAUAGUAAUGACGCAAAUGGCAAGUAUGUGGUUGACAUAUUCGGACAAACCCAUCCUCCUGUUGCAAAUGAAAUAUUUCAGUGCAUGAAUUGUGGUCGAUCUAUCAUGGCUGGGAGAUUUGCUCCUCAUUUGGAGAAGUGCAUGGGGAAGGGUAGGAAGGCUCGUCUGAAAGUAACAAGGAGCAGCACAGUUGCUCAGAACCGGUAUUCACGAAGCAGUCCUCUUUCUGCACACUCACCAUCUUCAAAUUAUUCUACAAACAGCAUGAAUCGGUUGCCAAAUGGAACCUCCAAUUUUGCAGGUGAGGAGCACUCAAAUGGAACAUUGGAGUCAUGAUGAACUAGUUCAUGUCUGAUGGCUACCAGCAUUCAGAAUUUAUGUCACACCUUCAACCUGUUUCUCUGGGAGACGAUAGCUCAGUUGGAUUUUGUGUUUCAAAAUAAUGUUUCAAACAAGUUUCCUUCAUGCUCUGUACCUUCUUUACAAAAUAGCUUUACUUUUCAUUGUAAUUUUGUUUUUAAUUUUACCAACUGUUAGCUU